GUGAAGAGCAAGAGCUGACAGGCCCCAUUCACUGCAUAACACAUGUUGCUUAGAUCAAAGCUCAAACUAGUUUCAGUUAUAGGGAAGUCGGCACUGAGAGGUGAAAUGGCAGAGAAAGGAGUUCAGCUGUACUGGGAAAACUGCUCUUGUUCCAUCUGUCUGGAUCCACUGAAGGAUCCGGUGACUAUUCCCUGUGGACACAGCUACUGCAUGAACUGUAUUAAAACCCACUGGCAUGAAGAGGAUGAGGAGACAAUCUACAGCUGCCCUCAGUGUAGGCAGACCUUCACACCGAGGCCUGUCCUGGUGAAAAACACCAUGUUAGCAGAUUUAGUGGAGGAGCUGAAGAAGACUGGACUCCAAGCUGCUCCUGCUGAUCACUGCUAUGCCGGACCUGAAGAUGUGGCCUGUGAUGUCUGCACUGGGAGGAAACUGAAAUCCCUAAAGUCCUGUCUCAUCUGUCUGGCUUCUCUCUGUGAGAAACACCUCCAGCCUCAUUAUGACUCAGCUCCGUUCAAGAAACACAAGCUGGUGGAGCCCUCCAAGAAGCUCCAGGAGAACAUCUGCUCUCAUCAUGAUAAGGUGAUGGAGAUGUUCUGCCGUACUGAUCGGCAGUGUAUCUGUUAUUUCUGCUCUCUGGAUGAACAUAAAGGCCACGACACCGUCUCAGCUGCAGCAGAAAGGACCGAGAGGCAGAGAGAGCUGGAGGUGAGUCAACACGACAUCCAGCAGAGGAUCCAGGACAGAGAGAAAGAUGUGAAGCUGCUCCAACAGGAAGUGGAGGCUGUCAAUCGCUCUGCUGAUAAAGCACUGGAGGACAGUGAGAAGAUCUUCACCGAGCUGAUCCGUCUCAUGGAGAACAGAAGCUUUGAUGUGAAGCAGCAGGUCAGAUCCCAGCAGAAAAGUGAAGUGAGUCGAGUCAAAGAGCUUCAGGAGAAGCUGGAGCAGGAGAUCGCUGAGCUGAAGAGGAGAGACGCUGAGCUGAAGCUGCUGUCACACACAGAGGAUCACAACCAGUUUCUACACAGCUACCCCUCACUGUCACCAAUCAGCGAAUCUACACAUCAACUCAUCUCAUCCAGCAUCAAUAGCCGUCCUCUGCGCUACUUUGAGGACGUGACAGCGGCUGUGUUGGAAGUCAGAGAUAGACUACAGGACGUUCUGAGUGAAAAGUGGACAAAAAUCUCACUGACAGUGACUGAAGUCGAUGUUUUACUGUCAAAUUCACCAGAGCCCAAGACCAGAGCUGAAUUCUUAAAAUAUUCAUGUGAAAUCACGCUGGAUCCAAACACAGCACACACACUGGUGUUUUUAUCUGAGGGGAACAGGAAAGCAGAGUUUGUUACAAAACACCAGUCUUAUCCUAGUCACCCAGACAGAUUCACUAAAGAGCAUCAGGUCCUGAGUAGAGAGAGUCUGACUGGUCGUUGUUACUGGGAGGUGGAGUGGAGCGGGAGAGAAGUUUUCAUAGCAGUCGCAUACAAGAGCAUCGGCAGAACAGAGUGGGGGAAUGAUUGUAGAUUUGGAAGUAGUGACAAAUCUUGGGCAUUAAGCUUUUACAAAAAACGUCCCCCCAGAGUAGGAGUGUACCUGGAUCACAGUGCUGGUAUUCUGUCCUUCUACGGUGUCUCUGAAACCAUGACUCUCCUCCACAGAAUCCAGACCACCUUUACUGAGCCUCUCUAUGCUGGAUUUUGGCUUAUUCUUUCAACUGCUGAGUUCUGUAAACUCAAAUAGACAUGUAAAGCAAGGGUGUGUAAUCUUGGUAGACUAGCAAGAGUACGCUAGAUUUUUAAAAUGAUCCGACCGAAAAAUCCAGCCCAGUGUUGCCAACUCUUUUCCAAUGAAAAUAGCUAGAAGCACUAG